AUGGCUGACAACGCCCCACCAGCGACUUCGACCUCGCUCCCUCCCCCUCCCCAUCAGUCGGCUGCAGGCGCUCCAGGCCAGCAGCAACAGCAACAGCAGUUUGACAACUCCCAGGGAAAUGGACAGACAAACCCGUCACACAUGCCACCGCCACCGCUGCCGCCGGUUGUCAUCCCGCAAAACACCAACCCGAUUCCGACGGCAAUCACCUCGCCCAUGUCAGGGAACAUGAUGUCGCCUACCGCGGCCGGCGGUUAUGUGCGUCGUUCUGCUCCAGAGCCCAACAAGCGAGCUCUUUACGUUGGCGGCCUUGAUCCUCGUGUCACAGAAGACAUCUUGAAACAGAUCUUUGAGACCACCGGCCAUGUGCAGAGCGUUAAGAUCAUCCCGGACAAGAAUGCAUCCGCCCAGUUCCAGAGCAAAGGCUUGAACUAUGGCUUCAUAGAAUAUGAUGACCCUGGUGCGGCAGAGCGUGCUAUGCAGACCCUUAAUGGCCGCCGCGUUCACCAGUCAGAAAUCCGCGUUAAUUGGGCUUAUCAGUCCAACACGGCUUCCAAAGAGGACACUUCUAGCCAUUUCCACAUCUUUGUCGGUGACCUCAGCAAUGAAGUCAAUGACGAGGUUCUUCUCCAAGCCUUCUCUGCCUGUGGCUCAGUCUCCGAAGCUCGUGUAAUGUGGGAUAUGAAGACUGGCCGGUCUCGUGGCUACGGAUUUGUCGCCUUCCGUGAAAGAGCUGAUGCUGAAAAGGCCCUCAGCUCCAUGGACGGAGAGUGGCUUGGUUCUCGUGCCAUCCGCUGCAACUGGGCCAACCAAAAGGGCCAACCUUCCAUCUCCCAGCAACAGGCCAUGGCUGCUAUGGGCAUGACGCCCACUACUCCAUUUGGUCACCACCAUUUCCCUACCCAUGGCGUCCAGAGCUACGACAUGGUCGUCCAGCAGACUCCCCAGUGGCAGACCACCUGCUACGUCGGGAACCUCACUCCCUACACCACCCAGAACGACCUCAUCCCGUUGUUCCAGAACUUCGGCUACGUCGUCGAGACCCGCUUCCAGGCCGACCGUGGCUUCGCAUUCGUGAAGAUGGACACCCACGAGAACGCUGCCAUGGCCAUCUGCCAGCUCAACGGCUACAACGUCAAUGGCCGUCCGCUCAAGUGCAGCUGGGGUAAGGACCGUCCGCCAACCGGCCAAUUUGACGCAUAUUCGCCUCAACAGAGUGGAAACCCGGCCUUCAACUCUGGUUCUUCGCCGUACUUUCCUCAGUACGGCGGCCCGGGCGGCCCAAUGACGCCUCAAGGUGGAAUGCCUCCAGCCCAAGGCUACCCUCAAGUCCAAGUUCCUGUGCAGGGAGGUCCAGGAGGCCCUGGAGGCCCUGGUGGGCCUGGCGCCGCCUCUGCUGGCUACGGCCGUGGUCAGUCCAACCCUCCUUCUGCCGGCUGGGCUCAACAACCUAACAACGGCGUCGGUGUUGGUGGUGCUGGUGGAAACUUUGGUAACGGUUUCGGUGGUUAUCAGACUUAA